AUGUCAUUACGAAUAUGCCGUCGGAUUUGGGCGCAGACAUUUUGGACCACCUGGCCUCAGCCCAUCCUUUGUCUCUCUGCGUUCCAGUGGCAUGCGGGGAAGAUAAGCAGCCAACCAGAGAAGGACACAAAUGAGGUGCAGUGCAUAAUGAACGGCGUGGCCAGCGUGGAGGACUCGGAUGGAAGGCGCCUGACGUGUUGUCCUGCUUUGUGA